AUGGUCAAACGCCACGCCCUUGACUUGCAUGUGCUCAAUGAUCGCCCAAUCAAGCAGAAAACUCACGCAUUUUCUGACGCACAAGUCCCACGACAACUCUCAAGUAGGACUUUGAGCUCCAAAGUGGAGAACGUCGACGUCAAUGAUGUCGCAUAUCACUGGGAUUCCGCUCAAACCACAAGUAGUUUACCUUUGCGAGGCAAUCAAUCAUCGCAAAGUGAAUCAUGGCUUCAAGAUCCAAGUGAAAACUCUGUAUUGGCUAGUGCAGAGGCUGCAAUUUGUGUCCCGAACGACAUUUUGCAUAUGUUUCCAGACAAAAGAACGCGACUCUUAAAGCGUCCACGAUCGUCCCAUCACCACUUUUCACGGAACUAUGCGCUUCGUAUGGACAGCAUGAUCAAGAACACACAGACUCGAGAUAUUGUUGCGUUGCCGCGGAUACGGAGUUCUACAGAUAAAGGCAGAGCUAUUAUAGAGCAGCUGUUGACAGAUUGCAAGGGGAAGACUCAUUGUGAAGACUAUACGCCUUUGCCAUCUAAGCAGCAAGUGUCUCAACUAGCUCAUAGUCUUGCGAUUGCCAAUGAUAACGCUUACCUUCCGGAUCAGCUGUUCUACGAGCAGAACUCGUUUAAACCUCUUGAGAAAGUUGAUCUAAGCAGCUGGACUUCGUUGUGCAUACAGGACGGUCCAGUUUUCCAAGAAAUGGCGUUUAAACUCUCUCGAAGAUGCAAGGAAUUGGAUUUGGAUGGUCUUGAAUCACUCACACGGGCACAAGACUUUACACUGCUGCUUAAUAAUUGCUCAAAACUGCGACGUCUCGUCUUGGAUAAAUUUAAGAACAUACCUAAAGCAGCUUUUCAAGCUAUUGCUCGACAAUGUGACUUGCUGAAUGACUUGUCGUUAUGUGGAAGUGAUUUUGUCACGGACAGCAUUCUUGGAGUAGUUGGUGGGGCCUUUACGCAAUUAUCUAGCCUGAAUCUUGAAAAGUGCGAACACGUGACCGACUUGGGUGUUAUGCAGUUGGUUAAAAAAGUCAGACUUCUGGAAAGACUACGUCUUGAUUACUGUCGGUCUAUCUCGGACACAGCAGUGAUACCAUUGAUGAAGUCACGGGGAGAAAAACUAAGGAUUUUUUCGAUUCGCCACUGUCAGAGAGUCACUGACGCUAGUAUCAAGGAAUUGUUCAGUAGAAAACCUCGACGAUUGGAAGAACUGAAUGUUAGCUAUUGUGUCAAUAUCACGGAUGAUGCGUUUGAAUGUCUUUGCUUUAAUAUUGUGGGUUAUCGUGAGGUCAGCAAAUAUCUUAAGCUGACCAAGCUUGACAUUUCAGGGUGCAACUUGUUGACAAAUUUGAGUUGUUCAUGGAUCGCAACGUCGUGUCCAUUCCUUCAAAGUCUUAACGCUUCAAGUUGUUUAAAACUGACUGACAAGGGUUUACUUGCUUUUGCCGGACUAUUGAAACUAGAAAGACUCGAUCUAUCGGGUUGUGUGGGCUUCACAGAUUCUGGCUUUGAUGCUUUUUUUCGUACUAAUGGCAUCAAUGCAUACACUAGCAGAUCGUUAGACUUUUCUGCCUCAAAGAACUUCAAGCUGUUAAAGUGUCUAACGUUGUCUAACAAUUCCAGUAUUGGAGAAAUGGCGCUACUCGCAGUGAUCAACACAUGCUCACGAACUUUGACAGCACUUGAUCUCUCCAAAGUUGGUACAAUUCCUGCUUCGGUUCUCGUCAGACUUGUAAAGUCUGCCCCGAACUUAAUCAAGCUGCGACUUGCUGGGCAGGAGCAAGUAUCAAGAGCCUUGCUAACAAAUCUGGCAGGUCACAAUAAAGUCUUACGAGUACUUGACCUCCGAGAUUGUGUCAAUGUCGAUGAUCUCGCACUUUACCCCAUGUUGGUUAUGCAAUCGUUAGAAAAACUGUUUCUCUCCGGUUGUACAGGUUUUUCGAGCCGCGGGCUACGUAGUCUUCCUGUAAACCUCAAGCAACUCGAUCUUCAGUAUCAACCACGAGAUAAGCUUAACGAAGCGUGUUGUCGUACACUCAGUAGUCAAUUGAAGUUCCUCGAGGUGCUGGAUCUUUCCCAAAGUGAAGGUAUUGAUUCUGCUGGACUUGAACACAUAUGGACGAAGUGCCUCUUUCUACGUUAUUUAAACGUGUUUCGUUGCCCAUUGAUUCAAGUCACAGAUCUCGAGAAGCUCCUUAAAUGUCGUGAAAAUGUGUAUGGGCUUGAAGUCAUUUCCAAACAUGAAGCAAAGUUUAAGGGAAUAUCAGCUUCGAAUCCGGACGCAGCAAUAAAAGCUCAAAAAAGGGAAAGAUUGAUAGAUUAUUCUACUAAAUGUGUCAAACUAGCUAUACUCCUUCAAGCUCGUUUUCGAGCCCGAAUCCGAGCUUGUGAGCGCCAAAUUGAGCUUAAAGAGCGCGAGUGGAAACAAUUUUGCGCUGCGUUAGACAUCCAGCGCCUAUUUCGUGGAUAUCGAUGUCGACUAUCUUAUCAUAUUACCCUACAACAGCUUCUCAAUGUUGUCAUUCCAAUGCAGUACCGUUGGCGAAAGCGACUGUAUGAUCGACAAGUGCGCAUGGCACACAAAUACUGGGUAAAUCGGUCCGAACUCAAGGUAUUUACAGCGUGGAAAUUGCUGCAUUCGGAGACACAACACAGACAAAUGCAUCGUGUCGCCAGAUUGAAUGUUGCAAAGGCUUAUAAAUUCUUAGCUCAGCGAAAACUACCAUUGAAUUUCAAGGCUUGGCGUAAGCUCGUACAACGCAAACGACAUGAUGUUGAAAAAGUGUUCGUUUUCGAAAAACGCCGUUUACUGCCACGCAUCAUUCAGACCUGGUAUACAUUAACAAGGCAGUCGAAGAAGCGUAGAUUAUUGAUGUCUGGAAUAUUUUUGAACACUCUUCAUCUUGAAGCCCACAACUCGACUCGGCAAUUGGAAGGCAGAACUCGAGCAAAUAAGGCUUUGAUUAGAAUGAUAUGGCGAAUUUGGCUCAAAUUUGUUAAAAAACAAACGCGAUUUCUGGUCGAAGCAAAGGCGUCCAUCGUCUGUAGAAGCUUGACUCGCUGGGCAUUCCGUCAGUGGCUUCAUAAUGCGCAUCGUGAGCGCCAGCUGCAAGAAAAAUAUCGCUGGCUAGCUGGAAAAGUGUGGCAUCAGGACAAGUUGCUCGUUUGGAAUGCGUGGCUGAACUUUGUAAAGGCCCAGCGAGCAAAGCGCCGAGCUUUAGCAAGAUUUUCUGGCAGUAUUCAGUCUAAAUGCUGGUUACGUUGGCGUCAUUGUCAUGAGCAUCGAGCGACGCUCCGACUUAUCUCUGGGCGUGUAGCCGCACGAGUCCGCAUUCUAGACUUCAUGAGAGCUGUGUAUACGUGGUACGAUAACACUCAAAAACAAAUUGCGCUGCGCAACCGAAAGCGCCGAGCCAUAUCACUUUUUAUAAAUGGUACACAAUCUGGGUCUAUCAAAUCCGUAAAUUGCAGCAUGCACGUCGAAUGGCAACGAGACUGCAAGCGUAUUGGCGAGAACGCAUGGCGUGGAAAGUUGGGCCGAGCUCUGUUUCUUGCAGCAACUCGAAAAGCGCGACUACGAGAGUAUCUACGGGCAGAACGGGAGAUGGAAUUUAUGGCAACAGAGGAAGUCGAGAUGCGACAGGUGGAUCGUCAUUUGCGUAUGAUUGUCGUACUACAGCGUCGGUGGCGUGGGGUAGCUGCCAGACAAUUUUACGAAGAGAUGCGACGGGCAAAGUAUAUACUUGUGCAACGGCAAAAAGCAGAAGAGCAGGAGCGUGUUCGUGUCGAAGCAAGAUACAGACUAGUCGAACGUGAGCGUUUAGGGCGCGUCAAACACCUGGCUGCCAUAGCAAUCCAACGCCAUAUCCGUGGGUACCUGGUACGCUGCUGGUUUACGUCGCAGCAAGAGGUGCUGGUACAGCUUCGUUGUGCCUUACGUUUGCAAGCCAUGUAUCGAGGUCGUAUUGCACGUAGACGCACGGCUGCUCUUCGACGGAGCUACAUAACUCGCAUGGAAGUGUUGACACGACGAACUAUUGAAGGAAAAAUGCUGCGAUUUCUCGGGGCUUCGAACCGCCCGACGCAGCGAGCUCUACGCAGUUUUCUCUCUUUCUUUGGCUUGGAUCCGGCCACAUUUCUCACUGACGUUCGAUCCGUAUUCCGUGAAGUUCGCCAAGAUUUCGAUGAUUUACGAGCUUUCUUUCAUGUUGUCAAAGAGAAAGUGAACGCUACGGCAACAAACAACAAAGAGCUGGAGAAUGGAAAGUCUGGGAAUACAGAGAAGCUUCGUCACGAGGCAUUCAACUUGACACGCAAGUCACAGACGGCACGAAGAUUUCUCGGCGAGUUUGAGCAAUUAUUAGCUACCACUGCUGAUGACAGGCGACGCCUUCAAGAGCAUGUGGAUCGGGGCAGCGCUGUAAGAGUUAUUCUACCUGGUCACCCGCGCUGUGGUGAGACGGCAUUCGUCUUAAAUAGUAUCGACAAUGUGGCGCAGGUUAAAAUGGAUUUAGAUGGUGAGUUAGAGUUUAUGCCAUUGUUGAUUCCAGCAACUAAAUUUGAGCCUGCAAAGCGCGUAUUACAUCGUGUACCGGAGCUGUCAUUUUCUGCUGCGUAUGCGCUUAACCUCGGGGGCUCAGACGGCAAAAUCAGUGCAAUAUGGCGGCAACAGCUUACCUCGUAUGCUGCAUCCAUCGCACACGAAUCUAAACGCUUCAGCGCCGCUCGCGUCAUCCAGUGCAUGGCACGCGUUUACAUUGCUCGCUUGCAAUACCAGCGAGAAUUGGAGUUUCAAGGAGUGAAUGCUGCGAGGCGGCAACGAAGUCUGCUUUACGUACUACAAACUUUUCGCUGUGCGAACACUCGUGUUGCUCGAAUGCUUGUGAUGCUUCAACUCGUCAGCCCCAAGGAUGUGCCGCUUGGGCUACCAGACGAACCUCCGGGCAUUCAGAAAGUGAUAAAUCGUGUACAGCGAUUCAUUGGCCGACGUCGUGAAGUAGAACAACUCCUCACGAAGCUUUUACUUGUGGGAGAUAAAGAUCAAGUGAUGGACAAAAAGAACGGGCCUGUACCUUUAACAAAGCCGAUCACUCGUUUUAUUGAUCACCUGUUGCUUCAACCCUUGCGUUGGGUUCAACAAUCUAAAACAGUGAAAAUUGCCAAGCGACAAGCGAAUCGCGGACACGCAAAACUUGAUGCUUUAAUGCGCAAUGCGGAGUUCGCGAAAACUUUCGAAGAGAAACACACGAUAGCCAAAGAAUAUUUCUUUCCUCAGCUCGCAAAUUGCUCAUUUUGUCCCGGGGAAGGGUGGGCACUUGUCCACGGCGUCUUUCAAAUGCGUCGGGUUCCUGUUUGGAGCACUGACGAACAUGACGAUGAUACACCGCAAAAGUUUCAUAGAGCCAGCGUCCCACAUGGCUGGGGUGUAGCGCAUUUCCUGACUGGUGAAGCGCAAUCUGGGAAGAUAGUCGAGGGCGCUCCACUAGCUGCAACUGCUGAAAAAGCCACCAACUGGAAUUGGCUUGAGCGUAAUUCGGUUGAAGCUCGAUUUAAAAGUUUGCAAAUUGUCAAGGGGCUCAAAGCCCAAGAGCGAGAAGAAAUCCAAGAAGCCCAGAUAUUGGAACGCCAAGGUAUUUGGAAUAGUAAGCGCUCACGUGAAGGCCCUCGUGGAUAUGCGAAGCGACACCAGACGCUUAGUAAACUUGAAGAGACCGCAACUGCUUUGUUUGCUCGGUACGAAAGAGAAAUUGCUUGGCGAAUUAAGGAAGAAGAUCGACUUUUACAAGAAGAAGCUCGUGGAAAGGCACAAGCUAGAAGAGAGCAGGCAGAACUAAUAACCCUAGGUCGUGCACUUCACAUACUGCAGCAGCAGAAACCAGAAGCCGUAGUCGACGUACAGAUUCGGGCCACACAAAAAACUCCUUUGGAAUUUUUGAGUGCUGGUUGUUAUAUAGAAGUGGAACUGGACGACGAAAAUUGGUACGAAGCACGCGUGGAAGCGGUGGACCCAUACGAUACAUGCACCGCGGACGUGCUUUACGUAGAGGACGGCAAGCGCGAGAUCAUCAAACUGGUAGAGGCAACCUUUUCCGAGCCCAAUGUCGCUGCUCAACGGAAAGAAGGGAUACAUGCCAAAUUGUUUCGAAAAUGGAGGGCAGGUAAAGCCGUUGAUGUAGCUUGGGAAGCUCCAUUGGACAAUGGUGCGCCGAUUUUUCAGUAUGUAGUCGAGUGGAAAGACGAAAGUGGCGACCAAGCUUCUGAAGGCAAAGCAAUUGUGUCUGACAGUAACAGCCCAAUCAUUUGCCAGCGAAUCGCAGAUACCUUAGAACAGACAGAUCACAUCAAAGCAUCCAGAUACUCAAAUAAGCAUUACCCGAAAGCACCAACGACAACAACACUAUGGCCAAUUCUUCCGCAGUAUGAACAAUCUAUGCGCAUACGCGUCGCAGCACAGAAUACUCAGGGCGUCGGUUGUGCCAGUCUGUACACGAAAAUGCCUAAACAGCUGACAGAAGUAAGUUACUUGACUGCAGUGCAACUACUGCGACCCCCUUUUGACACAACACCAUUAAUUGAAAGAGAGUUGUCUGACAUGGGUGGCGAAGAUAUUGCAUCUCAGAAAUUUGGAGCUCAAUUGAAGUGCACGGUGUGUCAGAUAACGGGAUUUGGCUCGAUUGAUGAAGUUGGAGAGCACAUUUGCCGGACCCAUGCGAUUCCUUUCAUCUGUCCCUUUCGCCUUUGUGCCCACGUCUGUGCUUCAGAGCAAGCUCUUCGUUAUCAUCUCUGGAAUUCUACUGUAAAUCAUCUCAAGACUGAAGAGAAAUCAAACUCAUACUGUGUUGAAAUUUUUCAGCUCUCAAGACAGUACUGUUUCUUUAAACCUAAACGACAUACUGUACCAGGACGUGCUUCAGUUUCUCGUCACAUGUCUUAUGCUUUGCCACGAGACGAAUACGUAAGUGUGGAAAGAGAGCAAUCACAGGUGGAGGAAGAAGUUUACGUGGAAGACAGUGUUAAAGAUGCCGUGCGCACGUGGUUGGCUCGUGGUCGACAUGUCCAAGAAAAGAAUCUAGCCAAGUUUGAAUUGUUGAAGCGCCGUGAACGUGAAAUUCGAGUGGAGACACCGUCACCUCUUUUUGGUGUCGACUUUAAGUCCCCCGAGGUGAAUGUAGCCCAACGCAAUGCUGUUCUGACAGCAAUUCAAUUGCUCAAACAGGAUCUUGAAGCUUUUCAACACGAGACAAAUGCGCAGUUGGAGGUAUUGCGUCACGAAGAAAAUGAAUUACAAGAAUAUAUUACGCAUAAAGUGAAACGCAUAAAGGCAAGUGAUAGUGAAGAAUGGCAGAAGCAGUCGCUUAAACGGGAGCGAAAGAAGGCGGAGAUGUCGUUAGCGCAGGUUCAAGAAAAGCUGAUGACGCUGAUCUCGUCGUCUAACGAGCGUAUUACGAUAUUGGAGAAUGAACUUCAGCGUUUAGGGUCGAUUGAAAAAGCUUUCGUAGCAUUCACUCAUCAGCUUAUCCGGACACAGCGAGUAUAUGCACUCAUACAAGAAGCUCACAGGCAAGGAUCCAACAUUUUUGAACAACAUCGUGUUCUGCUAGACCAGUUUCAAAAAGAUUUGCGCAAACUGUUAGAACGUAUGGACAACGAAGUGGAGGAGCUGAAUGCAUGGACUGCUAGGGCAAAAGACCGAAAGAAACAACUCGAGAGUAUGCAAGAAGGACUGAAGCGCUUGCAAUUGAUGCACGUAGCAGAGCAACAAAUGUUACGACAGCAACGCGAUGAGGGCAAUGAGACCUUUUUCUUGGAGAAACUGCGCCGAGAACAGGCGCACAUCUUGCACCAUCGUGAGCUUGUUGAAAAAAGUGCGGUGACUCAAAGUGCUGUGAAACGAGCAGAGCUGGACAGGGUAAGCGCGAAGACCACUCGUGAAGCUAGUGCGAUUAAUCACGAGUUAAAGACGCCGUUGCAGUCACUACAGAUUUCAAAUCAUGACUUGAUGCUGCACGGUCGAUUUCUGUCCGGUAUAGCGGCAGACGCUUCGGAUUUUGACCUUGAACAAAGGCAGCAGGACGUUGGGAAAGCUAUGUCUUUAAACACGCCAUCGCUUACUCAAACAACUGCAGGAUCGAAAGCUUUGAUAAAGCUAGACGCCCCUGUGGUUGAGGAAACUAGCAAAAUAGUAGCAUUGUCCAAAGGUCAACGAGAAAUGCAAUCAGUAAAGAAGAGUAAGCUUUGUGAGCUUCCCCAAAUGUAUGUUCGUUUGGAAUGUUCAUUUCAGGAUGGCUGGAUUCAAGGCCACGUGGUUAUUGAGUAUAAUGAUGGCUCUAUGUACGAGGGACCGUGGGUCGAAGAUGCCACUUUUAGUGGCUUGAAGAGAGACAUAACUCACACAUGUUCUGAAGCCAAUUUACCCCGUAAAACAUGCAAACCGAGAAAAAAUCACUGGGGAAAGUUUACAUGCCGUGACGGCACCAUAUGGGAAGGCGAAAAUGUUGAUAACUUCUUCUCUCCGUUCACUGCCUGCGGUUCAAAUUUUCGCGUGACGUCGUGUCCUGCAACUCACAUCUACGAAGGAGCAGUUCAGCGUGGCCGCUUCCACGGACUGGGUAUACUACACCUCAAAAUGGCAUUUGUCCGUGGAGAGUACGUAGGUGAGUGGAAAGAUGGCAAACGACACGGCUACGGCAUCGAACGCUUGGAAAACGGGGAAGUGUACGAAGGCUAUUGGGCGCACGAUCGUCAUCAUGGCUCUGGUGAAAUAUUGUUAUCUGACAAAUCUCGCUACGAUGGUUUCUUUCGUCGUGGUCGCUGGCAUGGGCAAGGCACUCGUCUUCUCGCGAAUGGCGAUCGGAUCUCGGGCAUAUUCUGUGACGGCUUUCUUGACGGAUAUGGAACUGUAGACUUUGCUGACGGUCGUCAUUAUACUGGUGCAAUGCAGCAUACACGACGGAAUGGAAAUGGCAUUCUCGUUUAUCCGAAUGGUGAUAGGUACGAAGGUCCUUUCCUAAAUGAUGAAAUGCAUGGCGAAGGAGUCUUUAUCGCUGGACGUGCUGACGGUGAUCUCAAUUUGUGUGAGAAAAGUAAUGUACUGAAACGACCAGGAAGGUGGGAAGCAGGUGAACACAAAGCAUGGUUGAGCAAACCAAGCUCGAAAGUUUCAACCGCUACAUUCGUGGAGUACUUUGGUGUUACGCAACGUAACAUUCAAACGGAUGAAGUGGUGCUCAAUUUGGUAAUGGAUAAGUUUCGAACGCCGUAUGCUGUUAUGGUUGCUCGCCAGUUGCCAACACUGCCUGAAGGUGUUGAUCAAGAAGAUGCUUUUGUCAAGACUAUCGUCCAUUUGCUCGCAAAGACUCAAAAUGUUGUCGUUGGUGCUGAAGUGCUCGAAAAAACGUCUGAUGAGCAUGCAGCAGCCGCCAAAAUGAUUGAGGAGCAGACCUUUGCGUUGGAGAAAUCACGCAAUGAUCAAGAGUUAUGUUCUCGCAUAUGGCGAGAAGAGAAAUCACGUGGCGUGACUUUGGCCUUAGAAUUAAGCGAAGCCGAGGCCCAGGAAGAUUCUUUGCAGCUCAAAGUUGAGCAAUUUUGGAAGCAAGAUCGACAGCAAGUUGAGCGCAAAUAUCGAGAAGCCGUCGAUGGCCUACGCGAAUUGAAACUGUCAGACUGGUAUCACCUUCGAACAGCAAAGCUGGACGACACUUUGAAGUCACUCUUGAAAGCAUUUUGCGUGUUACUUAAUUUCACUUCGAAUAUUCAAUUAGAGCUCGAGGAAAAGGAGAGACGUAAGAAGUUGAUUGAGUAUGAAAAACAUAAACGUCAAUCAGGUGGUACAGCAACUAUGACGCCGCCGGAACUAGCAGAAUUUCCGUCGCGUCAAGACGUACUAUGUUUGUUGUCUAGCAAUACUGAGAAUGUCAUGCUAGGCGAUCGAGAAGGCUUGAUUCACAAAUAUGCGGUCAAGGCUCUGUAUAUCUUGCCACUCUUUGAUGCUUACUCUUUCGCUGAAGGAAUUCGACGAGCUCGUCUGCUUUCUCUGACUCAAGUGAUCCACCACCCACGUCUUCGUUCUACCAACUUUCAACUAUACAGCAUAUCACCGGCUCUUGUAGCCAUAUGCGUCUGGGUGCGUGCUGCAUUUAAUUACGCAUCUCGGGCAGCUGAAAUUGCUCCUAUUGUGCAGCGGGUGAUAUCCCAGCAAUUAAUUCUUCUUCGUUUGCGUCAAGAAUUGGCGACCGCACGAGAUCUUGAGCAGCAGGCUGCAAAAGCUGAUGAAGAUGCUCGUGCCAGGUAUCAAGUAGCACAGGAGAAAAUGAUGAAAUUGCAAGAAACUCAUGCGAAGUUACGCAAGGUGCUGGAUGAUUUGGACGCACUAGAUUGUGCCGAGAGUAAACCCAUGAAAAAACAAAAUAUUACACGUUCAUGCUUGGAUUGUGGCUCGACUGUGGCUAUUGCAGUCGAUGGAGAUCGUAGUAAGCAGGAGAGUACAUCAAAUGAUGCUCAAGCGGCUAAAGUGGGUGCGUUGGCAACGAUUUUAUCAGACUCGUUCCUGGCUCAGGAAUUUCAACUACUCAAGCUCGAGACUCACAAAGUCGUGAGCCGUUAUAAGGGCGGUAAAGUACCGCUGAGCGAGUUUUUUUCAGCGUACGAAAAAUCGAUGCACAAGACGCUAACGCCCACCACUUUUAAAGUCAAGAAGCUGCGUACCUUGCUUGAUUUACUAGAAGAUGUUGUAGUGAUUGUACCGCCUCAGCGAGCAGGAGAAGUAGAGACUGUGCAACUUGCACCCGAGGCAGCGAGUAGUGAAGACGAAUCGGACACGAACAACACCAUAUUGGUGCACUAUCCUGCACCCCCGCGAUUAGCUUUCUGCUGUCAGAUGUGUCCAGGUUUGAGCUAUGCUACAGAAGGCGAACUAUACACACAUGAGGCUACGAAGUGGCAUAAUUUGAACGUUGUAGCUAAGCGAGAAGGUCGAAAACCACAAAAAUUUACAGUAGCGUCUUCAUGCUGGAGUGAAGUCUAUCAUGCUGAAUCUGGUGAAGUAUGUUACUACAACCGCAUGACUCAGCAGGUUGUUAAAGCUGCCGAUGGCCCUCCGUUGGAGAUGCAAGUGAACGAUGUAGUACUUGAUUUGUUGUUUGAUCAAGCGCCCAUGAAAGCGAAUGAAAGUGAGGAUGUAUGGGAGGAAGUGGCUGAAGAGUCAGGCAAUGUCUACUUUUACAAUAAAAUAACUGGCGAAACAAGCUGGACACGUUGUCUAGAAGCUACAGCGAACGAAGCAACAUCAUAG